AAUCAGCUGUUUUGUACGUUCUACAUUCUGAUCCGAGGAUCAGCUGGAGGCGGCAGUAAACAGAACAGAACGUCGAUCUGCAGGGAAUAAACGAAAAAUAGGAAAGCUGCAGAUGUUUUGAUCUGAAGAGAAACGUCGGUGUAAAAUAUUACAUGAAGUCCUUCUUCUGAGAAGAAAGCCAUUUAUUUUUUUAUUAUAGUGUUAUAACUACCUCACUUAAAGGCUACCUAAAGCUAUGCUUUACGAGUUGUUGUCGUUUCUACUUUGUGUGUGAGAUCACGUUUACAACUUGAAUUAUAUUACAAAGGCAGGCCUUUGCUUCAAAACCAAGUGAAACCUUACAUUUGCACUACGGAAGCCUGCACUCUCCUGUCCAGCAAGCACAGGGAUCCAGCAGCGGAGCAAGCUUAGGAAACAAAUUAAAUAAAUAUAUCAAACACAAGUAACAAGCAACAAAAUUGGUUAAUAAAUAAGACCAAAAAAACAAAAGGCAGCUACAGCUUUGUUUAGCGGAUCAAAAACCAAGAGACAUCAGAGGGCCCGGGUCCAUCGGACAGCAGGGAGAGCAGGGAGAGCAGCAGCCAUGUUCCAGCGCCUGAGCAGUCUGUUCUUCGGAGAGGUGGAGGAGGUGGCCGCCGAGCUGAAGGGGGAGAACCCCUGUGUGACGGAGGCAGACGAGGAGGGCUGGAUGCUGGUCAACUUGCCUGUGGAAGCUGAUUGCACGAUCCCGCUUGAGGGUGAGCGGGUGGUACAAUCAUGUCCGGGCAACGUACAACCGAACCGUCAGGACAACAUGCAAACGACACUCGCAGAGACCGAGUGGCCCCGCCCACCUCUCAAGCGUCGCAGGACACACAGGGGCCGGGCGCGAGAGCUCGAGACGCCGCUCGGCCCGUGUGCCAAGUCCCGGCCCCGGGUCCCGGGGGCCUCGACGCCCGGGACCCUGUCCAGACGGGCCGAAGGGUCGGCGCUGUCCGCGUCCCCCGGAUCCGGGCGUGAAUGUGGCGGCGGUGGGGGCGGUAGCAGUAGCGCAGGCUCGGAAAGAGGCUGCAUGGAUGAGAGUUGGUUUGUCACCCCUCCCCCCUGUUUCACUGCAGAGGGCGCCACUGCCGAGGCCAGCCCCAUGGAGGACCUGCUCAUCGAACACCCGAGCAUGUCCGUCUACGUCUCCCCCAACAACCUCUCCAUGGUCUCCAACGGCAACCUUUCCGUGGUGGGGGAGGAGAGCGUGAGCCUGGCAGGCAGCAUGAGCAGGGUAGCCGACCAGCCCGCCGCUCCCGCCAUGCCCACCAGGGCGAGCCGUGGAGCCGCUGCCCAGGCCGGAGCCCUGGCCAAGGUCACCCAGGUGGCACGGGUCCAGCGCGGGAAGGCACGCAUCGAGAGGCGCCACCUGGGUCGCAACCGCAUCCAGCGCCAGAACCGCGUCAGGGAGCAGGUUCCACGCCACGCCGCACACGCCAGAAACACCUUCCUACACCAGCCCGGAAACCGCAGCGUCUGCCAUUAGUCCUCGCCGGGGAGGGCCGUUUACUCUGAAGGCAUUUCUAGAUCAUAGUCACACCCAGGGUACACAUACAUGCUGUACAAGGUCAUUCACAUACAGAAGAUGGCACCUAGACAGAUACACCCCAGGCUCUGAAGGCUUAGUCACAAACUGCUACAUUGUCACCCCGAAUUAGCACUAGCUUCAUUCACCCAAUACAAAUAUUCUGAGUUAAUUUUUCUUCUCUUAUAUAAAAAAUGAUUAGGAAUGUAAUACAAUGUUUAAAGUCACUGUAGAUCUGCAAAACAACAAAUAUAAAUAUGAAUGUCCCCGGACUUUAAUAAAAUAGUAUUAUAUUAGUUUGUUUUCAAUUUACCCUGCAACUGAAACCUAAAGGAUGUUCAUUUACCAAAUAUUUUUGAUUUUAUUUUAUCCCAGAUAUUAUUGUUUACGAUUGGUGGCAGUAGUUAUAUUAAUUCUAAGAAAAAAUUAAGGGUGUACUUUCUCUGUUAAUCAGAAUUAAUUUUGUACAGUAAAAUACAUUAGAUUGAAUAAUGUAAUGUUAUGUUGAGAUUUAAUGGGAUUGUACCAAAACCUCAUUCUCUUUUUGUUUUUGAGAGUAAGAGGGAUGUACCACUAUGCAGCAAGUGAGGAGGAAAUGCCAGAAAUUUGCUUCUCUUGUGUUGGACUGGCCUCUUCUCAUGAUAAUAUAUCACGUUAUAUUAGAAAAAGAGAAGCUGAGAUGAAAAAGAGGUAGUCAAUUUACUAAUCUGAAACAACCGUUGGCAUUUCACCUCUUAUCGCUGUUUGAAAGAUAUAAGCAAAGUAGAGGAUGGGAAGAGGAUGAACAAAAAUACAAUGAGUUGCAUUAGUUGAUACUGCAAGAGGAGGGUGUGGUUAGAUAAGGUAGAUAAAGUAAGUGUAUUGUGGCUCUCUGUGCAGCCUAUGAGUUAACAACCUUGUUAAUGAGUCUGUGUGAUGACAUCACUAUAGGAACCAGCAGGUGGCAUAGGAUUAAUAACAAUAACAACCAGCACAUUAAUAAGGUGGUUCUAAAACAUAAUAGCUAGCAUGAUGUCACCAUGAACUCUCGUUUUCUGUGUCUGUGUAAGAGACGUAUAAGAUAUACUUGACAAAAGCUUUGACCAAAUGUAAGGCUCGUGGCAUGGCAGGAGGCUACAAUGUAGGGCAGGGUAAAGGAGGUCCAGAGUGGUAUGGAGGGCAGUUUUAUACCAUUGUUUUCUGUUCAUCAUCUUUCAUUCAGACAUCAUUCGUUCUCCGUUGGAUGUCCAAGGAUAUUCAAAACUUUACACAUUCUUUCCCCCUGAGAAACACGGAAAGUACACUUUUAAUUAACGUUAUUUUAACCGAAUGAACUGAAAAAUCCAGAAAGAUUUUUAUUUUUUUUAAAAAGCCCAGCACAUGUCAUCCCAGUGGUGCGCGUGUGUUGUUAAUAUUGUGACAUCCGUGAAAACACAAAAAGAAAUGGCUAAGAUUUACUAAAUGUAUCCCUUACCACUGCAGACAAACACAAUGCUUAGGAUGAUGACGAUGAGAAGAAACAUGAGAUUAUCCGCCCCUGAUACACACACACACACACACACACACACACACACACACACACACACACACACACACACACACACACACACACACACACUUGAUCAGGCUGUCCUUCAUUGGUGACAGGCUCUCUCUAUUUUUUUCUUUUGCACUUUUGGCCUCUCUCUCUCUCUCUCUCUUUCUCUCUCUCUCUCUCUCUUGUUCUCUAUCUCUCCAUCUCUCUCACAACGCACAUCUUUUUUGCUCCUUUCUCUCUCUUACAGCACAUUUAGCCGUAACAGGGUCCACCUGACCUAGCUAACUGAUAUAUAUAUUCAAACAACAAUAGUAAACGAUGGUGCUGAAGUGUAUAUGAAUAUAUACCAAUGUAAAUUAUUUGAGACAUGGAUGUAAGUUUGCACUGUUAUACAUUUUGUGAGUCAAAUUUAUAGUUGUGUGCAGUGUGCUUGUUGAUUUAUUUUCAGUUUUUUUCUUUUAAUUAAACUGUCUGUAAGAGAGAAUGUUUCAUAACAUGCUAAAUCUAAAAAAAUCACAAAAAAAGAUUAUAUAUGGACAAAGGUAUUUUAUUUGUCUCUGUAAAUAACCUGUCAUGCUCCUAUGUCAAGCCUGUCAUGAUUUCAGUCCACAUAGGGGUUUCCAACAUGACUGGAGGGAAUCCUCUCUCUGCCUCACCUCUACUAUCUAUUUCCAUGGCCAAAAGUGGGUUUCACUCCACUUUCAAGUCCUGCAUUGAGCUUUGGGAACAUGGCUAGGUUCACAGUAUUUGUGCCAUAAGCAACCACUGCCCCCUAGUGGAAGACAAAAAAAGGACAAUAGGCCUCCUGCUUUUCUGGAAGCGGUGGUAGAGGAUUCGUUGACAUAAUGAUUGAGUUGGAGGAUUCCUUCAGCUAGUUUUGGAAAUUACCGUCCCUUUCCAGUUCUUUCGAGACAUAUAUAUUUUAUUUUACCUCGUCAUCACAAUCUACAAACUUUAAACUAAUGCCAAUUUUCCUUUAAAUGGCUAUGUUUUAUUCAGAAUAAUUUAUGAUAUAAUUAUUAAUAUUAUAUAUUUGUCUUUUCUUUAGUUUAUGAAUGUGUCAUGUGUCUCAACAGUCCAGUGGCUCAGUGGGUUGGACACUGAUGUACACGCCCACAACCUCAAAGAUCUCCAUUUAUUAUUUUUAAUGCUGCCUUAAUCCCUACGAGGGUUUCUAUCAUGAUUGUGCCUCGGAGGUUAACAAGCUGUGCCUGUGGUGUAUGAACAGAAAGCUGUCACACAGAAAGAAUGAAAAAAAUCAAAGGCAAAGACGAGGAGAGAUCACAAGUGGGCGUGGGUGCUUUUUACCAUCACAGAGAGCUACCACUAUGUUCUGUUUUAUUCAUUUGUUUUUUUUCCCCCUUUCUCUUUCCCCUUCCUCACCAAUGUAAUGUUAACGAAGGGCGUUGUGUGCAGUGUGGUGUAUGUUUAGUGGAAGGCUAGGUUCUGUCAUCCAAUACUACGGGGAAGAAAGUGGUUGCUCACAAGUGGGUUGAACCAAUGAGGUGUGAGAGAUGUGUGCGUGUAGAGAGGAAGAGAAGGUCAGAGGUAAAUCAUAUUCAAACAUAAGUAUCUGCAACAAAAUAAAUCAAAUUAAAAAACAUACAAUGGAGUAAGCUUGUAGUUUACAAUAUAGUUAUUAGAAGAGUUGUUCACAUUGUAAGAUGUUUUAAAAAAUAAAAGGGUUGAAUGUCUGGGGAGUUUUAUAUAUGUAUGUCCCUGAAAUGAUGGCAGCUUCAAAACAUGUCAGGGUUCAGGCCCCGUGUCACAUCUAAUAGAGUACACAUCUCCCCAAUAAAAAAACGACAAAUAGACCUACAAAAUUGGUGUAUCUGAUAUCUGUGGUGAUUGUGCCUUUCACUAUUUCUGCAUGGUUUUUGUGAUGUACUGAACUUCCCUUGACCCGAAAGGACAGUCGUCCAUUGACAGGCGAGACCUAUGCAAAACCAACGGAUGGGGUUUUCAAGCAUCCAUUUAGAAAACACAGGUACCCACCAAAAAAAAAAGAAACUAAAGAAAAUUUAACAAAAACAAAACAACAAUAAAUGCUCAAGCUCAAACCUGAA